AUGGCGACGAGACCUCCUCCGCCGCUGGUCGACGACCUCAUGCGCGAGAUCUUCCUGCGCGUGCCGCCGCACGACCCCAGGGCCCUCGUCCGCGCCGCCGCCGGCUGCAGGAGCUGGCGCGGCAUCAUCUGCGACGCCGACUUCGCCCACGAGUACCGCAAGCGCCAUGGGGCGCCGCCCAUGCUGGGCUUCCUCUUCGAGGAACUCCACUACCCUCGCAGAGAGUUCGACGAGGCGUACUGGGUCUCCCACUUCGUCUCCACCGCGACCUUCGGCCCGCCGGCGUGUCAGGAUCGCCCCUACUGGCACGCACUCGACUCCCGGCACGGCCUCGUCCUCUUCUACACCCCUCGAAUGGAAGAGGAAUUCGUUGUCUGCGACCUCCUCACCGGCAACCAGUGGGAAAUUCACGCCAGCCCCAAGUGCGGCGACAUCAUGUGGUGGGAGUGGGAUGAAGAGGACGGGAAACUCGAGCGCAUACACUGUAAUGCCGCGGUACUCUGCGCCAAUGACCGAUGUGACCACCUGGACUGCCAUGGCGGCCCUUUCCGCGCGGCUUUGGUGGGCUCCUCCGAGGAUGCAUUAGUAGCCCACGCCAUCGUCUACUCAUCAGAGACUGGUGAGUGGAGCGACAUGAUCUCUGUUCAAUACCCAAAUUGCAUCGAUGGCUGCGGGCACAGUGCUGUUGUGGGGAAUAGAGUCUAUGUGCCGUGUCUGGAGAGUGACACUGUCUUAGAGUACAACAUUGGUGAGCAAAAACUAUCUGUAAUUGAUGCCCCGUUUGAGGACCAGGACCAGAACCAGCCGUACAUUGAACUCAUGGGGGUGGAGGACGGCAUGCUGUUUUUUGCGUCCGUGUUGAAUGCUAGACUCUACCUAUGGUCAAUGGAGGCUGGUCCCAGCGGAACUGCAGGAUGGGCGCGACGCAGGGUCAUCGAGCUUGAGCCGUUGCUCCCUCCUGCUGCCGUCUCGGAGAAGUCGGACGCCUUGCCAGUUGGUUUUGCUGAAGGUGUUAGUGUCAUCUUCCUGAGAACAGAGGAUGGGUUGUACACAAUUGAUCUCAAUUCAGGCAAAUGUGAGAAGGUGCACGACAGGAUUCAUGGUUUUUAUUUGGAAAAGGUCAUGCCCUACAUGAGCUUCUACACUGGAGCAUGGGGGCGGUUGCCGACCUCACAGCAAGCUUCGCGCGCAGUUGUUGGUGCUACUACGAUAUAA